AUGGCAGAGUUAGCCUCAGCCAUUCAAGGCUUCAUUGCUUCCAGUCUGACAGCAUGGCACCGUAUCGACACAGUUAUAAGCUCUAUAAGAGAUGCGCCUCGAAAUGUCGAGCAUUGGAGAGUCUGUGGGAGUGUGUUGAAGGAGGCUUUGAGUCAAAUGGAGGAGAGAGUACGCCAGCGACAGAAUUAUCUGACAGCGCCAGAACAGAACCUCUGUAGAGCUAUUGAUAGAUUCAUCAAGGACUUUCUAAGCGAUCUUGAACGAUUGGAGAGGACGAUACCAGUGAAGAAAGGAGGAAGACACUGGGUGCAGCUGAAGUUGAGGUUGCAGGAUGAUAGGGAGUUACUCACGCGACUUUCUCGCAACGUCCAGAUUUUCCAGGUAUCUGCUUCAGCAUUAUCAUUACUAGACCCAUCUGCCGAUUGCUCCCCGGCCAGAAACAGAGUACACCAAUUUCUCGAAGGCAUCAGUGACGACAACCCUGAGCAGCUCGCCCCCAAUGAAGCAACCGAUUUACAUAAAUGGAGAGAAGCUCUCUACGAAGUCGCCGACAUCGCAGCUCAGCGAGAGUUCCCCGACCCAUCCCCUCAGGAUCACACAUCAGAGCAAGGCGAAGCACCAAGAAGACCAUCGGGUGUAAGCCCAAUAGAGCUGCAAUAUCGGUUUGAGGCCGCGAUCUCACGAGCGAAACGAAUGUACGAUGCCAAACUCCCAAUCAUGGCCAAGAAGGCACAUGAUGAAGCGAUAAAAUACGGUGGAGAGAUGCAGGCGAUUGACCCGAAUGCUAUCAGUGUCACCGAGCUGGUAGACAUGGAGAUUACCUAUUGCCGUAUCAUCAAAGCAUGUAGUCCUUUUGUGGACUCGUUUGAAGCACUUGCGUGGGAGAGACUACAGAACCUCAAGUCUAAUCUACACAAGCACACUGGCCACGGAACUAACGUCGACCUUUGCACCGAGCAGGAGAAGGUCGGUAUCUUAUGCGCUGAGCUGCGGGAUCGAGAGGGAGCUGUUGAGUUCUUGAGAAUGUCACUGGGCACGUAUCUAUCGAACCGUGAGGAGUACGAGGACAGGAUACCACGAAUAUCGAUGCUGGUGUGCGAGCAGUACGAGUGUAUGGGGCAGUGGAAUAACUUGGAUGCCUUCAAGAAAGUCAUAUUCGACAAACUGGGCUACGAUCCAGCCUCAGAGCCGAAUGCGCUCGCUGACACAAUACUAUGGUGUCGCCACCAUGGAUAUGAAGCUUCCGAUAUCGAGGGGAGAUUGUACAUACCGGAGGAGAACUUUGUCGAGAGCACUCCGCUUCACGAUGCCGCCGCCGAUACGACCGUCCGGAUAGAGAUCAUCCAUCAGCUGAUACCUAUGGUCUAUCAUGCGAGACCCGAUGUGAACGGUGACACGCCCUUGCUCGUGGCAGUACAACACUCCAACAAUCUCGCACUUCAGGCAUUAUUGCGGAUCUCCGGGUCUGUUCACGUUCUGGACUCUAAAGGCGGCACUCCAUUACAUCGAUGCGAUAACGAUGAGACACUGAGGCUGCUCCUGGAAGAGAUCAAAAAGCCUGUUCACCACUCCUGUCCGAAUGAACAAGGAUUUCAUUUGGUCAACAUAGAUUCGACAGAUGGUUAUGGCGAAACAGCCCUGCAUAAAGCUUGUGAAAAAGGCAACGAGCGCAUGGUCGGCUUGUUGGUAGCUGAAGGCGCAGACGUCAAUCUGGUGUCCGGGUCGAAUGAGACCCCUUUGAUGAUUACCUGCGAACGAUCUGAGCUAAAAGGAAAGGGAAGGUUGAGCAAAGAAAGAAGACGAAUUGUGGAAACAUUGGUGAAUAGCUAUGCGGAUACAAAGCACAAAGAUGACUGGGGAAAACCCGCUGUUCCAAAGAGUCUCAAGGCGAGGGGAUAUAGUGAGGCCGAAAUCGACAAAAUUCUCUCACCAGACUUGACACGAAGAUUCACUAGAGGACGGGGGCAGGAGAGAUUCUCCGUCUCAUCAGGCAGCAGCUCCGAAAGGCCAUCCUUCGCAACGCUCAGUGCCAUAUCGUCAUCUUCACCAGUCGAACUCGUCGGAGACAUACCCUUGCGACCAGCAGAGUUGCCCUUAACUCCAGUGUCGAGUGGUGUACCGCCUUCAGGAUACGAGUUACGAUCAGGGGGGACAUGGUCAGAGUUACAGUUAGCUGAGCUACCAGGGUCAACGCCUGUUGUGUCGGUCGAGCUAGAUAGUAGUCCAGUCGAGGUGGUUGAGCCAACAAAUCAGAAGUUCUUGAGAGAUGGGAAGUUGAAGAGCAUCAGGAGAAAGCUGAAGAUAUUGGGUAAUCGGUGA